CAAUGCCAUCCAUUAUCCAUCAAUACUUUCUUUUUUUUUUAAAUUUAUUUUUUUAUUAGGUAUUUUCCUCAUUUACAUUUUCAAUGCUAUCCCAAAAGUCCCCCAUACCCACCCCCCAUCAACACUUUCAAACUGUACGAAAAUUCAUACAAGAAAGAAACCAUACAGUUGUGAAAUGUGUGGCAAAGCCUUUGAUUAUCCAUCAGGACCUUAGAAACAUAAGAAAGUUCAAACAGAAGAGAAUCCCUACAAGUGUGAAGUAUGUGGCAAGGUCUUCAAUUAUCAGUGGCGACUUUACAAACAUAACAAUCCAUGCAAGAGAGAAGUCCUACAAAUAUGAAGUACGUGGCCUGACCUUCUAUUGUCCAUAAGUACUUUCUGAAAAGAGAAUCCACACAGGAUAUGCUGUCAUUCUGGGAUGUGGCUAUGUAUUUCUCUGCAGAGGAGUGGGAAUACCUGGGUCCUGCUCAGUGGAAAAUGUACAGAGAUGUGAUGCUGGAGAAUUACAGCAACCUUGUGUUCCUGGGUCUUGCUUCCACUAAGCCAUAUCUAGUCACAUUUCUGGAGCAAAGACAAGAGCUUUCAGAUGUGAAGAGACAAGCGGCCACUGCUAAGUACUCAGGGGGGAAAAGCUAUACGUGUAAAGAAUGUGGCAAAGUCUUUGAGGCGGAAAAAGGAUUUCAAAAUCAUCAGAUAAUUCAUUUAGGAGUGAAGUCCUGCAAGUGUGAAGAGUGUGGCAAGUCCUUCCAUUUUUCAUCACUACUUUCUGAACACAAAAGGAUUCAUACAGGAGAAAAACCCUACAAGUGUGAAAUACAUAGCAAGGCCUUUCAUGUUCCAUCAAAACUUUUUCAACACAGGAUAAUUCACACAGGAGAAAAACCCUACAACUGUGAAGUAUGUGGCAAGGCCUUCUGCACUUCAUUAUUCCUUUCUAAACACAAGAUAAUUCAUAUGGGAAAGAAUCCUUGCAAGUGUGAAGUAUGUGGCAAGGCCUUCGAAUAUCCAUCAAGACUUUCAAAACAUAAGAAAAUUCAUACAGGAGAGAAACCAUACAAGUGUAAAGUAUGUGGAAAGGCCUACCGCUCUCCAUCAUCACUUUGUGAACACAAGAGAACUCAUACAGGAGGGAAACCCUACAAGUGUGAAGUAUGUGGCAAGGCCUUCCACUAUCCAUCAUUACUUUCAAAACACAAGAUAAUUCAUACAGAAGAAAAACCCUACAAGUGUGAAGUAUGUGGUAAGGCCUUCCAUUAUCUGUCAAGACUUUCUAACCAUAAGACAAUUCAUACAGGAGAGAAACCGUACAAGUGUGAAGUAUGUGGGAAGGCCUUUCAUGUUCCAUCAUCACUUUCUGAACACAAGAGAACUCAUACAGGAAAGAAACCUUACAAAUGUGAAGUGUGUGGCAAGGAGUUUCGUUGUCCAUCAUUAUUUUCUAACCACAAGAGAAUACAUACAGGUGAAAAACCCUAUAGUUGUGAAGUAUGUGGCAAGGCCUUCCAUACUACAACUUUAUGUUCUAUACACAAGAGAAUUCACACAGGAGAGAAACCUUACAAGUGUGAAGUAUGUGGCAAGGCCUUCCAUUAUUCAUCAAGACUUUCCAACCAUAAGAAAAUUCAUGCCGGAGAGAAACCAUACAAGUGUGAAGUAUGUGGCAAGGCCUUCCAUUAUCCAUCCAUACUUUCUAAACACAAGACAAUUCAUACAGAAGAUAAUCCCUACAAGUGUGAAGUAUGUGGCAAAGCAUUUGAUUAUCCAUCAAGACUUUCCAACCAUAAGAAAGUUCAUACAGAAGAGAAACCAUACCAGUGUGACAUAUGUGGCAAGGCCUUCCAUUAUGCAUCAUUACUUUCUAAACACAAGAUAAUUCAUAUUGGAGAAAAGCCCUAUAAGUGUGAAGUAUGUGACAAGGCCUUUCAUUACCCAUCAAGACUUUCCAACCAUAAGAAAAUUCAUACAGGAGAGAAACCAUACAAGUGUGAAAUAUGUGGAAAUGUCUUCCGUUUUCCAUCAUCCCUUUCUGAACAUAAGAGAAUUCACACUGGAGACAAACCAUACAAGUGCCAAAUAUGUGGCAAGGCCUUCCAUUAUCCAUCAUUACUUUCUAAACACAAGAUAAUUCAUACAGGAGAAAAUCCCUACAAGUGUGAAGUAUGUGGCAAGUUCUUUAAUUAUUCAUCAAGACUUUACAAACAUAAGAAAAUUCAUACACGAGAGAAGUCCUACAAAUAUAAAGAAUGUGGCCUAGCUUUCUAUUGUCAAUAAGUACUUUCUGAAAAAAAGAGAAUCCAUACAGGAGGUCUGUUGAUUGCAGUUGGAAGCAUCUGUUUGACUGAGAUGCUGCAGUAUCAGAGAAUACCCUGAGACCAGCUAUUCAUCCAUCUUCUGCUUCCUGACUGUAGAAGAAACGUGACCAGCUGCUUAUGUUCCUGUUGUUUUACCUUUCUCACCAUGUGCUGUGGUUGGAAUAAGAAUUGCCCCAAGGGCUCAUAGGCUUGAAUGCUUAGUCUGAAGGUAGUAGCACUGCUGGAAAAAGAUUAAGGAGUGCGGCGUCAUUAGUGUAAGUGUGUAACUGGGGGUCAUAUUUGAGGUUUCAAAGUUUCAGACCCAGUAUCUCCCUCUUUUAAAAACUUUAGUCAAUACGUAUAAUUCUCAGCUACUCUUCAAGUACCAUGUCUAUCUGCAUUCCACCAUGCUCCCAAGCUAGUUUCCCACAAUAAUAACUUACAAGCCUCUGAAACUGUAAACACGCUCCAAUUAAAUGCUUUUUAAAAUAGGGAUUGUCAUGGUUUGAUGUCUCUUCAUAGCAACCGGACACUGAGUAAGUCUCCAUGGUAGACAAUGGAAUUGAACUAUGAUCCAAAUUAAGCCCUUCUACUUGUGCUUGUGUGCAUAUAUUAUUGCCAUGAGAAUACUUACUAAAUCUUCAUGCCAAAUGCAAGUUUCAAUGUGAUGUUUAAUACGUAUGAAUCAUGUGUGUUUUCCCUUUCCCCAUUAUUGCCCUCCCUUUUGCUCCCUUCUCUGAAAAGUGUUUCCACUCUUCUUUAUUUACAUACCUACACACAUAUCUACAUUAACAAACACAGAUGUAGAGCAAGCAGUGUCUAAAACUAGAGAAAUAUUAGUGACUGCUGGCUGCCUGCCAGUCACACGGGUGCCCCUGCAACACUGGAGCAUUUAUCUCUUCAACCUAUUGGCCCAGAACAUCUGACAGAUUUUUCUCUGCAGCAGCAAAUAUGAAGGAGUUAUCUCCCUUGACCUGGCAGAGUUUGGCUGUUGACUUUCUAUGUUUUCUGCUUCUCCACAGCUUGCAGGUCAGCAUUUGAGGUAAGGGCAGUUUCCUGUCUAGUGGCAGCUUGUCACAUUUUUAACAAACUUCGUAAGGAAGUUCUUCAAUGCUCAUCAUCAUCUUUGAAGGACUUGCAGAUUCUGCCAAGAGCUGGGAUUUCUCAUUGUCAAACAUUAAUAAAAUAUCUUUCAAUGCCAUAUUUUAUAGAUUUCUGAUGUUUCUGAAGACCAUCUAACAUUCUCAGGAUAUUUGAAUAGGAAUAUAUUGUUUGUCUCUAGCUAUUUACUAUCUCAUUAACUUAGAAAACGUCUGUGAUAUAACUAAACAAGAAUGUGUUGAGAUUUUGUCUUUUACUGUCUAUUCUAAUCAUAAGUGCAGGACUCCCAAGAUCUGGAGUCUGCAUUUAGUCCCUUGGACCCUGCUCCAUGUUAUUUUUGAUUGGUAAAUAAAGAUGCCAGCAACUAAUAGUUGGGUAGAAGAUACGUAAGUGCCGAUUAGGUUUCCUGGGCUUGGGGUCAGAGGAGAACCAGGAGAAGAAGAACAUGUAGGAGGGAGAAGGAAAGGCUGCUGUGGGUUAGGUGCACCAUAAAAAAUGUGGCCCUGUGAGCUGGCUAAUUGGAAUUAAGAGUAGCCCAGAUGACAAAUAUUAAAUAUGAAAUAAUAAUUUGAGGUAAAUAUAUCAAUAGGGAUGUAGAUUCUGAUAGCAUGAAUGCUUGGUAUCUACCCAUCAUUUGUACUGUAUAGGCUUAUUGUAAAUAUGAAAUUUGUGUUUGUUUUUAUUUCAUAUCUAAAUGGUAAAAGUGGGAUAGAAACCCUGUGCCGGCAUUAAAAUAGUUCUACAACAUAUGGUGCCUCAACGUCUGCCCCGUUUUGGGUGCCAAUUUGUUGCAGUAAAUGUCAAACCCCAAUAAACCUGUGUAAAAAACACAAAA